CAAACACACCGCUUUUCACUGUACAGUUCGAACCACAAACACACCACACACCACACUGCGAUCAAAUAUAUCCUUGACCUCAAGAACGCACAAAUACGUUCAACCUUUUAAACCCUAAUAACCACCAUUUCUCAUCUUCACUCUCUGAAAUUAUUUUCCUCACUUCCCGGGUCUUUCCCGGAAAAUCCUGAAAACAUAUUCGGAAAAAUCUCGCAAUCAAUGGCUUCCUCCUCGACCUCACAGCCACCGGCGGCAGAAACAAGGAACUGGCUGGAACUUCCGCAAGACGUGACGGCGAUGAUACUGCACAAGCUUGGGGCGAUAGAGAUACUUGAGAGCGCACAGAAGGUGUGUAUGGCGUGGCGUAAUAUCUGCAAAGACCCUGCGAUGUGGAGGACCAUCGACAUGCGCAAUUUGGGGGAUCUCUGGGACAUGCCGUACGAUCUCCAGAAGAUGGCGAUGCACGCCAUCGAUCGCAGUUGUGGACAGUUGGUCGAUAUCAAUAUCGAGUAUUUCGGCACCGAUGAGACCCUUCAGUACAUCACCGAGCGGACCAGUCAGCUCAGACGUCUUCGUCUUGUGUCAUGCUAUAGCAUUUCAUGUGAGGGUUUGAGUGAAGCGGCUAAAGGAUUACCAUUGUUAGAGGAGCUUCACAUGUAUUUCUGCCCUAUGUCAAAAGAAGCUUUUGAAACUGUGGGACGCUGUUGUCCUUUGCUGAAGUCGUUUUCAUAUAACAAUGAAGGGUGUAGAAGCCUGCCAAUAGAAAUAGAGUGUGACAAUGAAGCACUAGUUAUUGCAGAAAACAUGCCUGAAUUACGCCACCUUCAACUAUUCGGAAAUAGGAUGACAAAUGUUGGCCUGCAGGCUAUUCUUGACGGUUGUUCUCACCUUGAAUUCCUUGACCUGCGGCAGUGUUUUAACGUUGUUCUGAAAGGGGAUUUGGCAAAAAGACUUAAAGAGAGGAUCAAAGAUGUGCGGUUGCCGCACGACUCCACUGAAGACUAUGGAUUUAAUGCUCAAAUCAUUGAUGAUGAAUCAUUUGGUGAUGACCCAUUUGGAUUAUCUGACAUUGACCUCUUGUCUGAUUAUGAUGACUAUCUUCAAUUCUCUGGUGACAGUGACAUGGAUUGUGAUGACUAUUGUCAAUUCCCCGGUGGCAGUGACUUUUCUGACUUUGAGGAGGAUCCGUAUUCAUAAUUUUAAGCUUUUAGCAGCUACUAGCUAGAUAGUUCGUGUUUUGUUAGUAGAUAGAGUCAAGACUCAAGACACAACUUUCAGUAUUUUGAAUUCCCCCAACAUGGAGAAUAUAUCUUUGUGCACCUUGCACCUGGCCAUUAGAGCGGUCCGUUCCUGCACUUGUUAUGCACAGACGGAUCUCAUGUGCCCGGUGCACCGGGCAUGGCGAAUACCUUCUCCCCAACAUGACCGUUACAAUGAAUCGUGAAUGGGUAUGGAAGAUUAUUUUUUUGGCAUUUUGUAGGUGGGGAUUGUUUGUGAUCUGGAAGUGCAUGAAGGGCCUAUAUUUGCUUAACUGGAGAAGAUAGCUGAAAUGCUGAAAUGGUGUCGUAAUCUGAUGCAGUUCUUGAAUAAGUUACUGCUGAUCAGAGCUACAUAAUCAUGUCUAUUUAUUUAACAUGUAGAGCUGACUUUACACCUAUUUGGCCCUUAAGCUUUCUAAGAGAUACUUGUUUAUUAUGUUUGGAUAUGUGAUAUUUGGGUCGAGUGAAUUGUUUGGCCUACAACCUGUCGGUCAAGCAAAUCAACUUUAACUGCCCGGCUUUAAAAUUAUUUUCUUUA